UCUCCCCCGCCGCCGAGACGAGCCGAGGAGUUGGAGAAGAGAGCCGAAGCAGAAACCCUAGCGGCGGCGCGGGGGCGCGGCAGCUUCCUCCCCAGCUCGGCUUGCGGGGGAAGGGAGGGCGAGGCAACACAACGCGCCGCCAUGCUCGCCGCAUCGGCUCGGCGGGUGGCGGCUACCGCCGCCGCCGCCUCGUCGUCCCAUUCCAAGCUCGCCAACCAGCUCGCCCACUCGCUGAAUCCGCAGCGGUGGAUCCACGACCGGAACAAGAGGGCGAUGGAGCUGGUGGCUAAGGGGUGGAGUGCCCUGCAAGAGGUUGAUCGUGUCAUCGAUUACGCCGACCGCAACGACAAGCGCCUGAUCCCACUUCUCAGGGGUGCAAAGGAAAAUUUUGAGCUGGCUCUAGAGAUUGACAAUAUGAACACUCAUGCGAGAUUAUGGCUUGCGAAGAUGCAUUUCAAGUAUCAUGUUCCUGGAGCUUGUAAGGCCAUCGGUGCUGCUUUGUUGAUUGAAGCUGCAAACAUGGGCGAUCCAGAUGCACAGUAUGAACUUGGAUGCCAUUUAAGAAUUGAGAAUGACUAUGUUCACUCCGAUCAACAGGCUUUUUAUUACAUUGAGAAAGCUGUUGACCAGUUGCAUCCUGGUGCUUUAUAUCUUCUAGGUGCUGUAUAUUUAACUGGAGACUGUGCUAAGAGGGACAUAGCUUCAGCAAUGUGGUGUUUCCAUAGAGCUUCAGAAAAGGGACACUCUGGAGCUGCAAUUGCAUAUGGAUCACUUCUAUUAAAAGGUGCUGAAGUACCUGAGGUUAUUACCAGGUUCAACUCGGGUAAGAGUCCAUCAACUGGAAAGAUGCGAAAGAGGCCCGUACAGCAGGAUCCAGUAAAGCUAGCAAAGGAGCAGUUUCAGAUUGCAGCAGAAGCUGGAUGUGAUCUCGGUUUGCGGUGGUUGAAGAGGCUCGGGGACUAUGAGAGUCAACAAGAACAGCUCAAGCAAAUCCAGCAAUGACCACCUUCUAUAUAAUCCUGCUUCGCUUUGGCAUUGCUCUAUGUGGACAUGCGUUUGACAUACAAAUGAUAUAGAUAGACCGUCAGAUUUUUCAAGACUCAACUGUAACCGUGUAGUUGUAUCCGAAGCACGAUGUAAAUUUUGAUGUCUGGUCCUACGCUUUUAGAAGGUAGCCUUGAAUUUGAAUGGAUCUCCUUUCCCUCCUUGGGAUGUUGUCGUACCAGCCGUGUCAUAAGAGGUGAUUGUCAUAUUUGCAA